UUAACAAUAUUCUGUUUUUGUGGUUCAGACAAAAUUCCAAAACCCUAGCUUUUCAUUUCUGACUACACCAUGAAUUGUUUCCGCAAAACUACGUUAUUUUUCGCUGUGUUCCUCUCGUGCUGAUUCAACGGUGCAAUUACUGCGUCGUUUUGAUUCUGAUGCCGCUGUUGUUCUUGUUUUCAGCGAGCACAAGCAACAUACAACAUUAAACUUCAAUUUCUCUUUCGUAGGAUACUCUAAUAAACACACAUGGUGCUGCCACUAGUUUCUUAUUCAUUACUGGAUCCCUUUUAUAACCGUGUUUCCCCCAGCAUGGAGUUUAUCAGUCCCCACUUAUCAGCUUCUAAGUCAUAUUCUAUUGGUUUGAAGUUUAAGUAUCAACAAUUUCACAGUGGUGGAUCAACAUUGCCUUGUGUUUUACUUUGUGAAAGUCAAAAGCCCAGAGGCAAUGAAACUGCGUGGAGGCGAAAAAUGUUACCCCAAAAUGUGGAUUUCCCACCACAUUUUCCAAAGAAAAAGAAAAAACCAUUUCCUAUUCCCUUUAAGGAAAUCAAACAGGCUGCAAGGGAGGACCGAAAACUUGCACACAUGGGAAUAGAGAAACCUCUUGAGCCUCCGAAGAAUGGAUUACUUGUUCCAGACCUAGUUCCUGUUGCCUAUGAAGUAUUUGAUGCUUGGAAGCUUUUGAUCAAAGGUCUAGCCCAACUGUUGCAUGUCAUUCCUGUACAUGGCUGUAGUGAAUGCUCAGAAGUUCAUGUGGCUCAGACUGGUCACCACAUUCUGAAUUGUCACGGUCCUACCAGUCCACGGCGUCAUAGUUCUCAUGCAUGGGUCAAGGGUUCCAUCAAUGAUAUACUUGUCCCCAUUGAGUCCUAUCAUCUCUUUGACCCCUUUGGUAGGCGCAUUAUGCAUGAUACACGAUUUGAAUAUGACCGGAUUCCAGCUGUUGUUGAGCUAUGCAUUCAAGCUGGUGUGGAUAUCCCAGAGUAUCCUUCACGCCGAAGGACCAAUCCCGUAAGAAUGUUAGGGAGGAAAAUACUUGACAGAGGCGGAUAUGUAGAGGAACCUAAACCAUGGCGUUUUGUGGAAUCUUCUUCACUCAUUGACUUUGAUACUUACAGAGCUUGUGAACGAUUUCCAUGUCCACCAUUGUCAGAUGUACCUAAAAUCGCCCAAGAAACAAUUGACUCGUAUGAAACUGUCAGAAAGGGUUUGAGGAGGUUGAUGAAUAAAUACACUGUGAAAGCAUGUGGUUAUUGCUCAGAGGUUCAUGUGGGGCCAUGGGGCCACAAUGCUAAGCUUUGUGGAUCAUUUAAGCACCAAUGGAGGGAUGGGAAGCAUGGUUGGCAGGAUGCUACUGUGGAAGAAGUUUUUCCUCCUAAUUAUGUGUGGCAUGUUAGAGACCCUAAUGGACCUCCCUUGAGUUCUGCACUGAGAAGAUUUUAUGGAAAGGCUCCUGCCGUGGUUGAAGUUUGUGUGCAAGCCGGUGCCCGGAUUCCGGAUGUGUACAAGCCUAUGAUGAGGCUUGACAUUGUAAUCCCAGACAGUGAAGAAGCAAGAAUGAUUGCAUGAUGUAAUCUGACAAAAUGCAUAAUUUAGCAUGAGAAACAGAUUUGAUGAUCUACCAGAAGGGGAGGACCUGAAAAGAGUCUUCCAACAACACUUGUCUGAUUCAUUGACUAGAGGCUUACCUUCCCAUGUAUUUCAACUUUAGUGUACUUGUAUAUAAGCCAAUAGCAGAGUAAGUAGGUUGUAUUACUAAAUUUUGGCAUGUCAAUUUGUCUAUAUGUCUGAACUAGUGGAGAGUUAUGUAGGAAGAUCAAUGCAAGAGUUAAUUGAUUGCAUGUCACAAAUACAAUAAAAUCAUGUGAGUUUGUA